UACAAGUUGGCAAGUCCCCGUCGCGCGCGCGCGCGCGUGCGUUUUCCAGGAAGAGGCGUCAGCAUCCUCGGAUAACACGGCGCGAGGCAGCAGAGGACAUAGUCUGGAUAUAAGGAACAGCUCUGCACACGGCUCAACGCUCACCAGAAUGGCCGUCAAGAAGCUCGUCAUCUUUCUCCUGGUGCUCAGCCUCUGUCUGGAGGGCUGCUCUGCCAAAGAAAAGAGAACGAAGAAGGGGAAGAAGAAGGGGAAGCAGGUGUUCUGCCCGUCAGAGCUGUCAUCUGAGGAUCUGGCCCGAGUCCCUGAGAACUCAACCAGCAACAUCUUGAACAAGUUACUGAUCACCUACGAUCCCAGAAUAAGGCCCAACUUCAAAGGAAUCCCCGUGGAGGACAGAGUCAACAUUUUCAUCAACAGCUUCGGCUCGAUCCAGGAGACGACCAUGGACUACCGGGUCAACAUCUUCCUGCGCCAGCGCUGGAACGACCCCCGGCUGAAGCUGCCGCAGGACUUCAAGUCCGACUCCCUCACGGUCGACCCGGGGAUGUUCAAGUGUCUCUGGAAGCCCGACCUGUUCUUCGCCAACGAGAAGAGCGCCAACUUCCACGACGUCACCCAGGAGAACAUCCUCCUCUUCAUCUUUCGCAACGGAGACGUCCUCAUCAGCAUGAGGUUGUCCGUCACCCUGUCCUGUCCGCUGGACCUGACGUUGUUCCCGAUGGACACGCAGAGGUGUAAAAUGCAACUUGAAAGCUUUGGCUACACUACGGACGACCUGCAGUUCAUGUGGCAGACGGGAGACCCGGUGCAGAUGGACGCCAUCGCUCUGCCCCAGUUUGAUAUCAGACAAGAAGAUAUUGAUUAUGGGAACUGCACCAAAUUCUAUUCAGGAACAGGGUACUACACAUGUGUGGAGGUCAUCUUCACCCUCAGGCGACAGGUGGGCUUCUACAUGAUGGGUGUUUACGCCCCCACGCUGCUCAUCGUCGUCCUCUCCUGGCUGUCCUUCUGGAUCAAUCCCGAUGCGAGCGCUGCCAGGGUCCCCUUGGGAAUCCUGUCGGUGCUCUCUCUGUCCUCCGAGUGCACCUCCCUGGCUUCGGAGCUUCCCAAGGUGUCCUACGUCAAGGCCAUCGACAUCUGGCUCAUCGCCUGCCUGCUGUUCGGCUUCGCCUCGCUGGUGGAGUACGCCGUGGUUCAAGUGAUGCUCAACAGCCCGAAGCGCAUCGAGGCCGAGAAGGCCAAGAUGGCGUCCAAGGAGAAGGCUGCGGGAAAGAGCCCGACUGCCAAGGCCAACACGGUCAACGGCACCGGGGGGACGCCACUGCAUGUCAGCACCUUGCAUGUGGCGGAGACGCGCUGCAAAAAGGUGUGCACCUCCAAGUCGGACCUUCGCACCAACGACUUCAGCAUCGUGGGCUCACUCCCGCGGGACUUUGAGCUGUCGAACUUUGACUGCUACGGGAAGCCCAUCAAUUUGGGCCACGGUCACGGCAAGUCCCAGGCCAAGAACCACAAGAAGCCUCCUCCCCCGAAACCCGUCAUCCCCUCCGCUGCCAAAAGAGUCGACCUGUACUCCCGAGCCCUGUUCCCCUUCUCCUUCCUCUUCUUCAAUGUGAUCUACUGGUCCGUAUACUUGUGAUCACCUUGAAAUCCUCUUGUAUUAUUAACCCCGUCCCCACUUCACUCCCAUGACGUCUUUGUUGAUCAGAUUGCAUUCGGGGAGUUUGAUUCCAAAGUAAACAUUGAGAAAUGUGUUGAGAAAAAAAUUGAAAUUCCUAUGUAUUAUCAUUACUAUUAUUACUAUUAUUACAUUUAUCUUCACAUAAAAAAAAGACAUCUAUCAUCAUUUGUGCAUAAAACAAUGAUUAUAACGUAAGCUUUCUUUACCUAAAAUAGAUAUAUAGCGUCUUGUAAGGAAAUGUUUGUAAUUUGUUGAUAAUGGUACUCGAGCGGACAAUACAGGAUUGCAGAUGUAACUGUUGUGAUGAAUGGUUGUGUAAACAGAUCCACAAAGAUCGUUUGCUUAACGGCCCAGAUGAAGAUGCACAGAGCUAUAAAAGAGCAUUUGUAAAUAGUCUAUUUAGAUUUUUUAGUGGGGAGUUUGCCGCAAGUUUAAAUGACUUAAAACGUUUUAUUUAAGCUUCGCUGCAAAGUGUAACAGUGCCGUGCAUGUAGAAAAAAUAAAAUAACAGCAUGUAUAUGAAGAUGAAAUAUGAAUAUAUAUAUAUAUAUAUGUUAAGUAUUUAUUACAUUUUAUUAUCUUCAUGAUUUGCUCUUGGGAAGAAACGUUGGGUACUGUAUGUGAAACACUCCUGUUCCUGUCUAGAUGGUCAUGUAACACUGCCACUCCUCCAGCCAAUGGAACGUUUGAUAUCCCCCUCCCCCGUUGUAGCGUGCGUGCGUGCGUGCGUGUGUGUGUGUGUCGACGGGUCACUUGGUGAUGUGACCAAACUGUUUGUGCAAUUUACAAGCAAAGAAAAUUCAAUAAAAUAACUUUUCACACUUUG